GCGCAUCCAUCAGACAGCAGCAUGUCAGUCCUUUAGGACUUCUCAGUUCUGUUCUUUUCUGUUUCUUCAUAUUACCUUGUGGUCGUGUACAGACCCAGGUCAGUGGUUUUGCCAUGGAGUUGGGUAGAGUUCAUUUGAAUCUAAAGACUCUGCUGCUGACGAUGAUGAUGUUCAAAUGGGGAAUCCUCUGCUCAGCCGCAUCAGACAAAUGCUUGUCUGCACCCUGCCACAACGGAGCUACCUGCGUGGACACCAUGGAUGAUUACGCCUGCAUCUGUGCCAGAGAGGGGAUCCGAUACAUGGGCAAAAACUGUGAUGAGCUCUAUGAUGCCUGCUCCUUUGCUCCAUGUGAAGACUGCACCAGCACCCCUGGCACCGCAGAAUACCACUGCAUCUGCCCGGAUGGACUCAUAGGUGAUAACUGCACAGAGGAGGUGGACGAGUGCCAGAGCAACCCCUGCUCCGAACCUCGCUCUCUGUGCGUAGACCAGCUGAACGAAUAUUUCUGCAGGUGUCCUGCUGGGUAUGGAGGACAGGACUGCCAGACACAUGUGACUGACUGCAUCGAUGAACCCUGCAGGAACCACGGGACUUGUAUAUUGCAACCGGAGGGCUUUGAAUGCCUGUGUGCACCAGGGUUCGAGGGGAAGACCUGCGAAGAGGAUGUGAAUGAGUGUGCAUCAGCGCCCUGUCAGAAUGGAGCUAUCUGUAUGGACGGAGUGGCGGAGUUCCACUGCUUCUGUGUGCCUGGUUUUCAGGGCUACAACUGCGAAAUUGAUAUCAACGAGUGUGCAUCACGACCCUGUGAGAACAACGCCACCUGCAUCAAUGAGAAGGACCACUACGAGUGUGAGUGCCUGGUGGGCUUCACAGGAGUCAACUGUGAAGUUGAAAUAGACGAGUGUGAGUCAGGUCCCUGUCGCAAUGGAGCCACCUGCCAGGACCUCGUCGGCAUGUACGCCUGCGAAUGUCUGCCCGGGUUUGAUGGCAUCGACUGUGAAAUUGAUGUUGAUGAGUGUGCCAGUGAGCCUUGCCAAAAUGGAGCUGUCUGUCAUGACAUGGUGAACAGUUAUGAAUGUGACUGCAGUGAAACAGGAUUCGAGGGUGACCACUGUGAAGUGGACAUAGCUGAGUGUGCCUCUGAUCCUUGUCAACACGGUGCCACAUGUUUAGAGGGCGUCAAAGGAUACACCUGCCUCUGCUGGCCAGGUUAUGAAGGACCAAACUGUGAGAUUGACAUUGAUGAGUGUGCCGAGCAGCCCUGUGAGAAUGGCGGGGAAUGUUUUGAGCGUUCGGAUCCAUCCCACUGGGAACUGGACUGGGAGCUCAGCUUUGCAGACGCAGCUGGAUAUAUUUGCCAAUGUCAGCCAGGGUUUGCAGGAGAGAACUGCUCUGUCAACAUUGAUGAGUGUGAAUCUGAACCCUGCCAGAAUGGAGGCACUUGUGUGGAUCAAAUAAAUGGCUACACCUGUACAUGCUCUGUUGGAUUUUUAGGUGACCUCUGUGAAGUGAACAUUGAUGAAUGUGAGAGCCAGCCCUGUCAAAACGGUGGCUGGUGUGAAGAUGGCAGGGCAUCCUACACCUGCCACUGUCCUGAGGCAGAACCAGGUCAACUUCCUUGGGGAGGCGAUCACUGCGAUGUGAAGCUCUACGGCUGUGUGGAUCAUGAAUGCCAGAACGGAGCCACCUGCCACCCAUGGCUAGAGGGUGGUGAACAUGGCCACACAUGCUUGUGCCCUCAUGGCUUCUAUGAUGAGCAGUGCUCUACGCAUACAACAUUCUCUUUCUCCACUCCAGGAUUCAUUCACAUUGAGGUUGUUGUGGAAGAAAGGACACGAAGGGAGGUUGAGCACCGUGGUCACAGUGGUUUUGGGGUGCAGCUACGCUUCCGGACAACUAUACCCAAUAUGUUGCUCUGCUACAGAGGUGAUGUUGACAACCACCUCCUCCUGGAGAUUGUCAAUGGUGGUCUUCAUGCCAAAGCCUUUUCUGAGGAGUCUGAACUGGAUGUAAUGUUUUCUGGCUUGGUUAGUGAUGGAGAUUGGCGGGAUGCUCAUGUGUUUGUGGAUAAUGAAGGCCUAGUUUUGAUUCUGAAAGGCCCUGGCUGUGACAGGGAUGGAUGCAGAGUUAUAGAUGGUGGUGCUGAUGAACCACCUUUCCAGCCCUCUGAAGCCUUCACUCAUAUUUAUGUAGGUGGAGCACCAGAAGAGCUUUUAGAGGACUGUGUAAGUGGUACAGCCUUCAUUGGAUGCAUGGAAGACCUGAUGAUAGACUCUAAGCCUAUCCUACCCCAAACAUUUCCAGAAGACCAAGGUCAUGAACUGGGAUGUAGUAAGACUGAAUGGUGUCAGCCUGACCCCUGCUUUGGACAUGGACGCUGUGUGGACCUGUGGACCAGCUACCACUGUGACUGCUACCGUCCCUUCCAUAGUGAGAGAUGCUCUGAAGAAUACCCUUCCUGGACAUACAGCCAUGAGGACAAAGUGGGUUUCAGUGUCUAUGAUGUUGGUAAGAGCCAUGGGAGCAACUUCAAUGUGUCCUUCUUCCUGAGGUCACUAAAGCCAGAUGGGCUGGUGUUUCAGCUAAGGAGACCCACAGAGGAAGAGGAGGGAGAGGUCUACUUCUCAGUCUACCUGGGGAUGGGGAGGGUUUUUGUCAGCUCUCUGCUUAACAGUGCCCCACUCUCAGCUCCAGUAUUUGUGACCACUGGCGAAAAGCAUCUUCUACAAGUGGAAGUCCAACAUAGAACGGUGAUCUUUGAGCAUGCAGGCCUUCGCUAUGGAAUAGGGGAGAUCCCUGAAGUGAAUGUGAACAGUGGGGAUCAGGUAUAUGUAGGAGGUCUCCCGGGAGACUGGGACUCUGAUGUUUGGGGGGGGCAUUACAAAGGUUGCAUCCAGGACCUUCGUUUAGACUCAGUGCAUCUGGAUGUGGACGCCUGGAACAGCUCAGAUGGGGAAGAUGUGUAUUUACCAAGUGAUGCUGAAAAUGUAACGCAGGGCUGCAUCAGUGACGAUACGUGCAAGAUGGAGCCCUGUCAAAAUGGAGGAGAAUGCACUGUCACGUUCAACGAUUUUACAUGUUCCUGUUCAGAGGACUACACUGGAAAGACCUGUGAAACACGUGUGUGGUGUGUUAGUGAUCCUUGUGUCAAUGGCGGCCAUUGUGUGGACCUCCCUGAUGGAUAUGAAUGUGUGUACAAUGCCACAUUUGAGAACAACCCUGUGCAGUUCAGUGCUGGAGGCUCCCUGGCUGAACCUGUCUCAACCAUAUACAUGGAGCUGCGGACCCGUUCAGAGAAUGCCGUGCUCCUGAGGGCCUCCUGGGGCUCUGACCUGUUGAUGGUAAGCCUGCUGGACUCUUCAGUCCGGGUGGAGAUCCACAUUGGCAACAGUGUCGAGACACUGACCUUUACAGGAGUGCGUCGGGUGGCUGAUGGAAGCUGGCACCGUGUGAACAUCUCAAUGGCUGAGAAAGAGCGUGAAACAUCUCCCUGGAUCAUCACUGUGGAUGGAAUCAUGGACGCCAGCAGUCUGCUACAGCACACGGGGAGUCUUCACUUUCUCAAUGAGAAGGGGGCCACAUUGGCCAUUGCAGAGAGCUUCACUGGCUGCUUGGGUGCAGUGAGGGUCGGAGGAGUCUACCUUCCUUUUAUGGAUGAUUAUAAGGCCCCACAGCCAUCUCAGUUCCAUUUAGUUGGAAAACCAAAGAUUCGUUUGGGUUGUACCAGCGCCCCUGUUUGUGAUUCAGAUCCUUGUUUAAAUGGAGCAACAUGUGAAGACCUCUUUAAUAAAUUCAGCUGUUUGUGUGACUUGGGUUGGGAGGGAGACCAGUGUGAGACAGACACUGAUGACUGUGCUUCUCAGCCUUGUGUUCAUGGAACCUGUAAGGAUUACUUAGCUGGUUUUGAGUGCCAGUGCCACCCUGGAUAUGCAGGCACACUGUGUGAUGAGGAUCUAGAUGAGUGUGAGCAUCAUGAUUGUGAACAUGGAGGCACCUGUCAGGAUGGACCCAACAUGUACACCUGUAUAUGCCCCAAGGACUACAGUGGCCCACUGUGCCAGUGGGACUAUCCACCAAUACAGUGUGGUAAAGAUGUCCAGUGUGCAAAUGAUGGAAUUUGCCAUGAUGGGCUGUGGGGAGCUAACUGCACAUGCAUGCCGGGUUUUACAGGCAGCAGAUGUGAAUUGGAGAUUAAUGAGUGCAGAUCUAACCCCUGUCGAAAUGGUGGUUCCUGUUUGGAUCGUUUUAACAUGUUUGUGUGUGAAUGCCCUCCUGGCUACAGCGGUCCAACCUGCGAUGCUAAUAAACAAGCCCAUAAACAGGGAAUUCCCUGGCUGGUGGUAACCAUCCCGCUGCUGUGCUUCUGCGUGCUGAUCCUGAUCAUCGGCUUUACUUUCAUGUUUUUAACGGCGAGGAAGAAGCGCCAGUCGGAGGGUGCAUACAGCCCCAGUGCUCAGGAGCUGGCUGGAGCUCGCCUGGAGAUGGACAGCAUGCUCAAAGUUCCACCAGAGGAAAGACUCAUCUGAUGAAUGAAGGGUGUUUGACUGUGGUGAUCUGAGCACUGCGGGCAGGUGCACAGGACUCACUGUCAAAACUGUUUAGACCAAUGAAUAUCUGGAUUGAGCUGAAGGACAUAUGUUGUAGGCUGCAGCCCCCUCCUGGUGGUGACCAGUUACUGGCCCAGUGGUGCUGCUGUACAAGACACUUAACAUGUUGGGGGUAUAUUUUUGAUAAAAGACUCUGGACAUCUGAAGAAACAGCCCCAAGUACUUUGCUAUUCAUUGAUAGGAGCGGGAAAAAUAAAGAAACAAAUAAUUGUAUAACUCCACACACUGUAGUUUGUCAGGACCUUAAACCUGUUUUACAGUCCUACAGUAGCUACUUUAUAAAGGACAGUUUAAGGACUGUAUUUCAGGUAUCAUUGCACAGUCAAGCUCUAAAAACACAAGCUGCUGGAAACUGAGUUGCAUUUGUAGGAAACAUUAUUACUAGCAUUAGCAGCAUCCAGCAAAGUCAGGCCAGUGCACAGGGGUCUGCAGCUGCAGUACCUGCACUGGCCACUAAAUGCUGGCGCUAAAUAAAACACUGAGGGGUGAAUUUACAAAAGGAUUACGUACUUUUACAGCUGCGUAACCUGCACAAAGAAGACAAAAAGAAACCAUGUAAAACCGCAAAGGGCAAAAUGCACCCCUAACUGCACUGCCAAGCAAAUAGUGUGCUAUUUGCACGUUUUUAAAUUAGGUAUACAUUUGGCACAAAACCGGCCCCUUUCUAUGCAAAUGAGCUUUGUUGCAAAAACGGUCCAAUUCACAAAGUGCACUAAUAGCCACACAAAGUUAGAAUGAAAUUAAUAGCGUCUUUAGAGAGUUGGUGGUAACUGAAGCCCAUUUUUAAGGGAUGUCGCUCAGACUUUCCAGUGAACAUGUCACAUUUAAAUUCCUUGCCUGAAGUUUUGAGGAAUGCCUCUGCACCUCGUUGGUUAGGAUUUGUAGCUUGAGGUCUGAAAAUUUAAUUUUCUUUCUCUCUGUCAUUGUCCUACCUACUGUGUUCUUAGCUCAAAGACAAUAUUUAUAAUUUGCCACAUGGAUAAUUGCAAUCAGACACAAAACAAUGGCAAAUUGCACUUAGCUGCAAAACCAUGUUUGUGCUGUAAUAUCAUUAGCGCAAUAUCUUUCGUGAAUCAGACCUUGAGACGGGCAGUCAGCGGCCACAAUCCAGUCUUUGUGAAUUUGCCACUGACUGUAUUGGAGUGAUUGGAAGCUUUCUAAUAGAAGGUCAGUACAAUUUAUUUUUUUCCAGUUUCACCUCUAAUGUGGGUUUUGGUGGGGAUUUUGAAAAAUAUAGCAUCACUUUAAAGACGUGAAGGCUUAAGUAGAGGUAUGAUGAUCAAGAAUGUGUGUGUUAACGUGAAGGGUACAUACUCUGCAGCUUGCUCUUCCCACCUCAGCUCAGCUUAUAAAGCCUUACCAUCCUACAAACAGCUAACCUGGACAGUAUCUGACGGCAUCGGAAUGUAAAUAAUUUCAGUAUUCAUUUUCUAAAAGGAUAUUCCUGUCCUCCUGGUGAGGGUAGAAUUCCAUCACUCUGGAAAACUCAAACAUGCACAACAUGAAGGAUUCCAGUUUUCUCUCAUACUGCAAAUCCCACCUCCUGUCAAUGCUGGAAUACCAUUGGACACAUGUCUUGUACAUUUGGUGUGAAAGCAGGGUUAGCCUCUGUGACUUUCUAGUUCCAUUACGGACAAAAAUAAAAGCUGAACUCCCCCCAGAAUCAAGUGGGUGACAUCACAGAGGCUGUUUUCACUUAGGACCAAUUGGUUCAACUUUCCUCAACCCACUGAAGGCACUGUGCAGUGUGCUGCGACACUAUGACAGUCUGAUGACAGCACAGAACCUCACCUGGGAGCAAACUGAAAAUGAGCAGCAGGAAAUGUACAGCACCUUAUAAAAAAGGCACUGAGAGCAGCAGAAGAUGUUUAACUCACUGAGGAGAUGAUACCACACCUGCUUAUCAUGGGUUACUUUAGUCUUGGACGAUGAAUUCACUGAUGUGUUUCUGAGCCAGUGGGCAGUUUGGCUACAUGUAGGACAUGUAGGCUACUGAAUAGCUUCUGCACAAGAUGUGUUCACCUCUUUGUUUCUCACUCCAUGUGCCAUGGUGCACACUCACAGGAGAGUACAACAAGUUACAAACUGUCAUAUUCUCAUAUUUUUGUCCAUUAGCCUAUUUAUUGGUCAUGAUACUGCAAAAUUUUACUCACCUGUGUUGUAGAGAUUUGGGAAAAUUGAACUCAAACAAGAUCAAUGUUGGGGACAAGGAGUGUGAGUCUCACAGCUUUCCAAAAUAACUUCAGAGAACUGCACUGUUUGAGAUGAUUUCUGUUAAACUGAUCAACUUUUUGACCAGCUGUUGGAGGCUCUCACUUCUUUGCUGGAGUCAUGGCAACACUAACCUGUUAAGGGCCGAACGUGUCAUUACUGACCCAGAGUUUUCAUGUCUGACAGACACAUAGUAAUGGACAAAAAUAGGUGGACAAACACUGGAAGAACACAAUAGCUUUGUAUCAUUUGCUGCACAGACCCAUAAUCCUUGCACUCUGAUUCUUGAGCUUUGCUUUCACCCCUUACUGCACUUCUCACCCACUUUGGUGUGCUCUAGAAAAACUACUCUGAGUGUUUGAUGAAGAUUUUAAGCUCCAAGUCGCACCAUUUAAAUGUCCUUGUCUUUUAUGUUUAUAAUAUUGUUAGGGCAACUUUGUCACAUGAUAUUCUGAGUGAAAGCAAUUCACUGUACCUUGUAUAUGAAACAUGACAUCCUCAGUCUAGCUUUCUUUAUUAGGAAGCCAGUAAGUUGUACAACUUAAUCCACAAGCUGGCAUUUAUUUUGUGUGUAAAGCCUGUAAAUAUAUUUUUGUUUGAACUUCUUUUUUUGAAUUUUGAAUUUGACUUUUAGUGCACAAAGGGAGUGUCUGCUCAUGUUUGUCUCGGCCUCUUCAGUAGCAUCUUCACAUAUGUUUACAAUCAAUCAAGAAUUCAUUAAAUCCAGUGAUUUUCAAGACAGUAUUCUGGGAGAUCAAGCUAACUUUUUAGGAUGUAAUGAAAUGUUGCACCAAAACAAAAAAGAAAGGAAUAAAGAAGCUUAUUUUACAAUGUAAAAGCAGGAGUAAAAAGACAGUGAAAUAUCCUGUAACUAAAAAUGUGAAAAAUGUGAUGUACAGUAUAAGUUUUUUUUAAUGUACUAAAGAAAACAACAUGUACUCAUGUUAGUAAGAGUUUUAAGUCUUGGCUGCACAUUCAGUAUUGUCAUUCAUUUCUUUGUUUUCUUCAUUUUGAUGUACAAAAUCCAGGAUGUUUCAUUCAUAAUGUAUUAUAAGCAA